AUGGAAAGGCUGCCAGACGGCGUCACCCGUGACGGUGACCAGGACAACCUUGAAGCGCCCGUCCCAAUUCCGUCGCCAGUCAAGGUAGAUCUUCCUCCCAACUCGACCUGGACCAAUGAGAGCGGACAUCUGGAAUUGUCGACUUUCUUUGACCCUUCGAAACCAAACCUCUCUCGAGACUUUGGUAUUGACGGUCUACAACCUGUGAUUCGCGCCAUGGGCCAUGACACCUUUCUUUUACGAGAUGCCUCGGGCAACUUUUAUCAAUGGAGCAUCUCGGAUGGGGCCAUGUGGCAACUGCUUGGCCUCGAGGAUCUCGAUGAGGCUGUGCACUCUAUCAUGCGCGAUAGCGGCAUCUUGUCGAAGACGCAGAUUUGGAACUUGGAGAGAUCAGAAGGGUAA